AUGGCUAAGCAAGAUCAAGUUUUGAUUCUGAAUCCGCCUUCGGAAAUUAAAUUCACAGGACCCUUCACGGAAAUUGUGCAGACUGAUUUGGAAUUGACCAACCCUUCUUCAAGAAAAGUUAUGUUCAAAGUAAAAACCACUGCUCCCAAAAGGUAUUGUGUGAGACCUAACAGUGGAAUUAUUGAACCUGGAGCUAAGCUCUCAAUUACAUUGAUGUUGCAGCCGUACAACCACGAACAGCAGAACGAAAAGAACAAGCACAAGUUCAUGGUUCAGUCAAUGUUUGCCCCUGAUGGCCACAUCGAAAAUCCCGAAACUCUUUGGAAAGAAGCUUCUCCUGAUGUUUUGAUGGAUGCAAAGCUUCGUUGUGUUUUCGAAGAUCCAACUGUGAGAAUAUUCACUAACAAUUUAUAA